GUUGUCAAUGUUUUGGACCCCACGCUACAUAGUUGAGUUUUAGAAGUUAGCCGAAACACACAAGUUACUGAACUUUGUGUGCUUUAAAGUUCCCCUGACAAGAAGCUGGAUUAAUGCAAUCAAACCAAAGAAAGAAAUACAAUAGGUGUCAGCUGUUAUGACUGUGGUAAUCGGAUUCGAGGGCAGUGCCAAUAAGAUCGGCAUAGGAAUCAUCAGAGAUGGUGAAGUGCUUUCCAACCCUAGACGGACCUACAUCACUCCUCCCGGUCAUGGAUUCAUGCCGAGCGACACCGCCAGGCACCACCGUGCUGUCAUACUGACAGUCCUGAAGGAGGCUCUGGAGCAGGCAGGACUGAAGCCUGCAGACAUCGACUGUGUGGCAUACACCAAAGGUCCCGGUAUGGGUGCCCCCUUGGUGACGGUGGCUCUGGUGGCUCGUACAGUCGCUCAGCUUUGGGGGAAGCCGCUCCUCGGUGUUAACCACUGUAUUGGACACGUUGAGAUGGGCAGACUCAUCACGCAAGCUAACAACCCCACAGUGCUUUAUGUCAGUGGAGGAAACACACAGGUUAUUGCAUACUCUGAGCGGCGAUACAGAAUAUUUGGAGAGACCAUCGACAUCGCUGUUGGAAACUGUUUGGACAGAUUUGCCAGAGUUAUAAAGAUCUCCAAUGACCCUAGCCCGGGAUACAACAUAGAGCAGAUGGCCAAAAAAGGGAGUCAGUAUGUGGAGCUGCCCUAUACAGUGAAAGGAAUGGACGUGUCAUUUUCUGGGAUUCUAUCCUACAUCGAGGAGGUUGCUCAUAAGAUGCUAAGCUCUGGUCAGUGUGCUGCAGAGGAUUUGUGCUUCUCCCUGCAGGAGACGCUGUUCUCCAUGCUGGUGGAGAUCACAGAGAGGGCCAUGGCUCACUGCGGCUCCCAGGAGGUCCUCAUCGUCGGCGGCGUUGGCUGUAACCUUCGUCUGCAGGAGAUGAUGGGGGUGAUGUGUAAGGAGAGAGGAGCCAAACUGUUUGCAACAGAUGAAAGGUUCUGCAUAGACAACGGUGCAAUGAUUGCCCAAGCAGGCUGGGAGAUGUUCAGGUCCGGUCAGGUGACAGAGCUAGAGGACUCAUGGAUCACACAAAGGUACAGAACAGAUGAAGUGGAGGUGACAUGGCGAGACUGAUGGAUGGAGCAAUGUCCUGGAGGGGUCCAUGUUGUUGCAGCACGGCGGUUAUGAAAAGUGGGAUAGUUCCUUCUACUCUGCCACACUAAGCAGUUGGACUUGAAGAGAAACUCAUUCUUUAGAGUUUUUCUGCUUAAGGCACUUGCUCUAUACAAUUUAGUUUGAGGGAAUAUUGCUACCUGCAUUUUUGGUCGUUAUCAGAAUAAAGCAAAUGAGUUCUAGUACCUUGAUCUUUUUUUUUGGUUUAAGAUUUAAGUUGAGCUACAAAUUAUUUGUUGUUUCCAGUUGUCAAGCCCUUGAAAUGUCCAGGAGGGAGGGAAGACUUUUCAGCCUGUGAAGCGGGAAAUGUUAACUUAAUUAAAAACAAGACAAAAAAGACUUCAGUAGAACUUGACAAGUUUAUUAAAUUUUAUUAAGCAAUACUGUUCACUUACAUUCCUCCUCUUUCUCCAGUGUAAAUUUUUUAUUCAAUAUAUCUUUUCAAAAAAAAUCAUCAUACUGAACACGGUGAGAUCCCUUAUGGAUUCAUGAGAAACAUUCACCCAAUUAGGGAACAAAAUAAAAACAAAGAAAAAAGGAACACAGCAUUAAGAUCUGACAGGUAAAUAAAGGGUGAACUCUACUGUGCCUUUGACUACACCCCUUUGUAAACUGAAGACACGGAUACACACGUCCUCUGCAUUCAUUUACCAUAAAAACUCAAGCAGGUACAUCACAGACGCUGAUCCUAAUGAAGGGGGAAAAAAUAUUCUCUGGUGAGGGUUUCUUGCACACAGGGCUUGGUCACAACAGAUUCUUUUUCAACAAAGUGCUUGAUUGACCGCUCGCUUUACAGAGGACACAAAAAGUUUGAUAAAACUGCAGCAAAGGGAAAUUAAAUUACAGCUCAGAGAUUGUUUUUUUUUUUUUUUUAAAGAAAAGAAAAAAGACCAGCUCUACAUAUACAAGCUAAAAUGGUAAUGUGAGGCGAUGACAACAGGUUUGAUUAAUUAAGGCAGGCUUUCUGUAAGGCGUUAAAAAAGUUCAUUGCUGUAAGAUCUCAAAGGAGUUAGUCCAAAGUGUCUCAGUGUGGCUUUGCGUGAAGACAUCAUCCUGAGUGCAGUGUGUGAACGGGACACAAAGUUGUCCACUUUUACAUGUUUUUUUUUUUUUUAUGUGCAUGUAGGUAUGUGUUGUGUCUAUGUUUAUGAAUGCUUUGGGUUUCUCACACUGCUAGGCUGGGUUUUCCUGGGUGUCCUUGUACCAGACCACUUUUUUUGGAACUGCAAAAAAAGGAAAAAAGUUUGGGUCAAAAAUAUUGAAACGUACAGAAAUUGGAUAAAUUAAUAUAUAUUCCCUGCCACAUCAAUGAGUGUCUCAUUGUUAACAAUCAAGGACUCUUCUGUUUUGUUCAAGCUGACACUGUAGAAUAAAUGAAUGAAAACUCA